GGAAAGCCGGUCAAUUUUAAGGGCUCUUGUUCUAAGUGGUUUUGAAUUGGUUGUGUACUAAGUUGCAUUUACAGUUGGUCUAGGUCGUUGGGGUUUUACAUAAUGUAUGUUGUAGCUUAAAAGUGACAGAUAAAAAGUAAAAUAUAAUAAUACGCGUAACAUUUCUUUAGCUAAGCUAGUUAGCUAGCCUAAUUUGUUUACAUUAGUGUGAUGGUGUUUCAGUCAGGAAGCCCCUGAUACAUGCGUCUGUCUAUCGUUUCAGAUUUCUUUUUGCUUCGCGACUGCUUACAGAUAUUUUCUGGAAUGACAGCAGUCAAGUAGGAAUAGAGAUGAGUGACUUUGGGCCAGCAGAGCUGAUUGCAGGCCUCUGUUAUACAGAUGAGGAGAAUCCUCUUCCUCUGUGGCAGAAUGGAUGCAUCAGCCCCUGUUUUAACCAACUCAUCCUUGGAGUCUUGCCUCAUGCUGGGAUGGCCAUUUUCUGUGCCUGCUACCUCAGUAUGACAAGAUGCAGCCUCCUCCAGACGUCUCCUCCAUGUGGCUGGACACUCAGGUUGGUGUCAGCUCUGCUGGCCGCCUUGCUCUUUACUGCAGAUGUCAUCCUGGUUAGUUUGCUCCAGCAGGGAGACAUGUACCUGGAUGUCCUAGCAGACAGCUGUGCGAUCCUGGCCUGGCUGGUCCACUUCAGUGCCAUAAUAGUGCUCCAGAGGACUGUGUUCAAGAGAACCAGAGGACCUCCACUGCUGCUUCUCCUGGUGCUUCUGUUACUCCCUAACCUUAUCAUCACCUUGAUUAUUUAUUGUAACAACAAGGAAUAUUUAAACCCUGCUGAACCUCUUAAACUGGCCCGAUUUGUUUUUGCCUCGGUGCGGACGUUUCUUUUUCUCAUUUACCUCUUGGCAUUUGCUUUCCCCUGCAUCAGUGAUGCUGGGUACACCUUAUACAUUAAUGAUGUCGAUGGGUCUCCGCUCAUCCCUGAGAGCACACAGCCAGACACGGGAGAGAUGGUGGCUGAGGAUGGGAGUGGUUGCCUCUACCGACUCUUCUACCUGUGGCUUACCCCGCUCCUCAGACGAGGCCAGAGAGGGGAACUGGAGAGACCGGCCGAUGUGUAUCACCUUCCUCGGAAACUUCGAACUAGUGUGAUUUGUCGUUACUUUCACCAGUGCUGGGAAGCCUGCCGGCUAGGGUCACCAGUCACUGACCAACAGGAUCAGUGGCCCAGACCGGUCAGCACAAACCUCCUGAGUGGCACCUGGAGUUUACAGCAUCAGGAGGAACCACUGGAGCUGGAAGGUGAUGUAGGAUUGCUGAAGGUGCUGCACAAGGCAUUCGGAAAGUGGUAUUACAUCCUAGGUGUGCUGAAGGUGACAGUCAACGUAUGUAGUUUUGCAGGUCCGCUGCUUCUCAGUAGUCUUGUGAGCUUUAUGGAGGAAAAAGAUGCCCCACUCAGCAGGGGCCUCUGGUGUGCCGUGGGGCUCUUCGCCACCACCCUUCUGUGCUCUGUUCUGCGAAACAUCUUUGUCUUCGAGGUCUCCAAGGUGGCACUGUCAGCACGAACUGCUCUUGUGACGGCCAUCUACAGCAAAGCCCUGAGGGUCAGCAGCUGCAGUUUGGCUGGCUUUACUUUAGGAGAGGUGGUGAACUUAAUGAGCACAGACACUGACCGUGUGGUCAACUUCUUCCAGAGUUUCCACGAGCUGUGGAGCCUGCCCUUUCAGUUAGCUGUCACCCUUUACUUGCUGUAUCUGCAGGUGGGUGUAGCUUUCCUGGGAGGACUGUCCGUAGCUCUGCUGCUGGUGCCAUUCAACAAGUUCCUUGCUUCCUGCAUCCUUAGCAACAAUAAAAAGAUGCUCCGAUGGAAGGAUAACCGUGUUAAGUUAAUGACAGAGAUCCUCUUUGGCAUUCGUGUCAUCAAGUUCUACAACUGGGAGCCUCGUUUCAUGCAGAAGGUGGCUGACUGUCGUAAAGAGGAGCUGUCCCACCUUAAGGCUGUCAAAUAUCUGGAUGCCUUGUGUGUGUACACCUGGGCUGCUCUGCCUGUGGUCAUCUCCAUCCUUACCUUUGUCACGUAUGUGCUGCUUGGACACCAGCUGACUGCAGCAAAGGUGUUUACCACGCUCGCCCUGGUGGGGAUGUUGAUCAUCCCGCUCAAUGCUUUCCCCUGGGUCCUCAAUGGAGUCCUGGAGGCCAGCGUGUCUCUGGAACGAAUCCAGCGCUUCUUUAAACUGACUAAUCGGAACCUGCAGGCACACUAUGCGCUGGUGUCUCCUGAAGACAGUCAGACAUCUGUCCUGUUGAGCCAGGUGUCGUUUUCCUGGCAGGAUCCCAGCACUCAGGACAAAGAGGGAGAAACUGGAGCUGCUAAAGGAAGCCUGCAGCUGCACAGUCUCAAUCUAAACAUAACCAAGGGCUCUCUGGUCGUUGUGGUUGGGAAGGUCGGCUGUGGAAAGAGCUCCUUACUGGCUGCUCUGACAGCUGAACUUAACAGGCUUGCUGGAGUGCUCUACGUUGCAGACAGGGAGUCUGGCUUCGGUCUGGCCUCACAGGAACCGUGGAUCCAGCAUGCAUCAGUACGAGACAACAUCUUGUUUGGCAGAGACUACAAUGCUGCCUUCUACCAGGCUGUGAUCAAGGCCUGCGCACUCUCAGAUGACCUCAAUGUUUUGCCAAAUGGUGACAAGACUGAAGUGGGUGAGAACGGAGUGACUCUGAGCGGAGGACAGAAGGCCCGGUUGGCACUUGCCAGAGCUGUUUACAUGGACAAAGACAUCUACCUCCUCGAUGAUCCACUGGCUGCAGUGGAUACAGAUGUGGCUGAACACCUCAUGAAGAAAUGUAUCAUGGAGCUCCUCGGCGGAAAGACCAGGAUUCUGUGCACACACCGCAUAGAGUUUGUGGACAAAGCUGAUGUGGUUGUCCUCAUGGACAAUGGAACAAUCGUCAAAACAGGAACACCGGCAGAAGUCCUUCCUUUGGUGGAAGCAGGGGCAAAAAAGCAGAAGAAUGACCGCAACACAAAAGAGAAAGAUGGCGUGGAUCAGGAUGAAGAAGAACUGAGUUUACUGUCUGAGCUAAGUGUGGAUGAUGAUCCUGAGCUCUCGGGGGCGGAGCGGAAGCAGGUGGGCAGGCUGUCGUGGAGAGUUUACCAGACCUACUGGGGUGCUGUGGGCGGAGUGUUGGCCACCUGCAUCUUAAUCUCUCUGCUCCUCAUGCAAGCCUCUAAAAAUGUGUCUGACUGGUGGCUGUCCCACUGGAUCUCUAAGCUAAAGCACAAUGGCUCCUCUGGGAAUAAUGAUUCUUCGUUACCUGUCUUCAGUUCGCCUCACCUGCUGCUUUUCUCACCUGGCGGACUAAUGUCUUUGGUGCCCUCUGUGCAAACAUUUCUCUCCAAUGACAUCGACUCAGAUGUUAAGUUUUACCUGACAGUCUACGGCUCCAUUGCCGUGGCCAACACUGUGUUCACUGCCCUCCGUGCCUUCCUUUUUGCCUAUGGAGUCAUCUCUGCCGCUUCUGUCAUCCACAACAGGCUUCUGGAUCAGGUUCUUAAGACUACAAUGACCUUCUUCGAUACCACCCCUUUGGGCCGAAUUCUUAACCGGUUUUCCUCAGACUUGUACAGCGUGGACGACAGCCUGCCGUUUGUCUUGAACAUCCUACUGGCCAACAUAUUUGGUUUACUGGGCAUGCUGGUGGUGAUAAGUUACGGCCUGCCCUGGGUCCUGGUGGCCCUGCUCCCCCUGGCUCUGCUCUACUACCGCACACAGCACUUCUACAGACACACUUCUCGGGAGCUGAAGCGCCUCUGCAGCCUCACCCUGUCACCUGUCUACUCGCAUUUCUCUGAGACACUGACCGGGCUGGGAACCAUCCGGGCCAGCGGCAGCUCGGCCAGGUUUGAGGAGGAGAAUGCCAGACGGCUGGAGCAGAACCAGCGCUGCUUGUUUCUUAGCAACGCUGCUGGGCAGUGGCUGGACAUCCGCCUGCAGCUGAUUGGUGUCGCUGUGGUGACAGGCCUUGGGCUGAUAGCUGUCUUUCAGCACCAGUUUAAUUCUGUUGAUCCGGGUCUGGUGGGUUUGUCCCUGUCCUACGCUCUGUCCAUCACACAGCUGCUAUCUGGACUCAUAUUCAGCUUCACGCAGACUGAAAUGCAGCUGGUGAGCGUGGAACGAACAGAGGAAUAUUCCACUGGACUGCCGACUGAACCGCAACAUCAGAAUACAAAGCUGACCCCCACGUGGCCUGAGCACGGUUGGUUGGAGUUUCGGAAUGUGGUUCUGACCUACAGGGAUGGUCUUCCUAAUGCCCUGGAUGGAGUGAGCCUCGUGGUGCGACCUGGAGAGAAAAUAGGCAUUGUGGGACGUACGGGAUCUGGCAAGUCAACAAUGUUCCUGGCCCUGUUUCGUAUGGUGGAGCUCAACCAGGGUCAGAUUCUCCUUGAUCAGCUGGAUAUUAGCACCGUGGGCCUAGCUCAGCUCAGGUCCAGGCUGGCCAUUAUUCCUCAGGACCCCUUCCUUUUCAGUGGGACAGUCAGAGAGAAUCUGGACCCUUGUGGGCGACAUGUGGAACAGCAGCUGCUGGACGUCCUGGAGCAGUGCCAUCUCAGUGCUGUGGUCAGCAGGAUGGGCGGUCUUGAGGCUGAGGUGGGAGAAAGAGGAAGAUUCUUCUCUGCAGGACAGAGACAGCUACUGUGUCUGGCCAGAGCUCUGUUGACACAGGCCAAGGUCCUGUGUAUUGAUGAAGCCACAGCCAGUGUGGAUCAUAAGACGGACAAACUGCUGCAGCAAACCAUCAGAGACAAGUUUUGGGACAAGACUGUUCUCACUAUUGCCCACAGGAUCAACACCAUCAUGGACUGUGACCGGGUGCUAGUGAUGCAUGCUGGGAAGGUGGUGGAGUUUGACACCCCUGCUGCUCUCUGCCAAACUGAUAACUCAAUCUUUCACAGACUGGCUGGUGAUCAGGGACAGUGAGAUGAUUGGUGACGCACUUUCAGACUUUAUUGUGGACACACUUACAGAGAGCUUGCUGCUGUUACAGCACCAUCCUAACUUUUGCACGGGGUUGAUGCAGAGAAGAGGCUGUAAUGUUUCUGAUUAUUCAUUUUUUUAUUUGAUAACUCUAAUGCACAAACAGCAUUAAUUCAAUUUAUGCUGUACUCUUGAAUUGCAUUCAAGACAACUUCACAUCCCUCCUCUGGCUCCUCCGGGGAUCACAGACGAGUUCACAAGCCAUGUCAGGUACAUAAUGUCUCUGGCAUGUUUUGGGUCUGUCCUGGGGUCUUCUCACCAGGACCAAAUCAACGGGCUGAUGUGGAGGAGUAGCAGAUCUGCUCCUCCUGUUUCUAAGGAAGAGCCCAGACAUCCUUCUGCUGCUUGUAUCAGCAGUCUUUUUCUUUCUUUUGCAGUCAGUGCCCACAGAUUGUUACCAAAGGUGAGGGUAGAAACGUAGCUGGACUGGCACAUGAACAGCUUCACUUUGAUGCUUUCUCUUUCUCAUAACAGACCGGAGCAGCAUCCACAGCACUGCUGAUGCUGCACCGGUCCAUCUGUCAAUCUCCCACUCCUUUGUUCCUUCACUAAUGAUGAACACGAGAAUUUUGAACCCCUCCACUUGGGGCAGCAACGCAUUUGUAACCAAUAUUAGGCACAUCCUUUUUCAGCUGAGAACCACGGCUUCAUGACUUGCAUAUAUGCAAGUUCUCAUCCCAGCUGGCUCACACUCAGCAGUGAAUUUGGCUUUGCUACAAGCCGUUAAGCAUUGCUGUGUUAUAACAUUCUGUAGAAGUUAUAGUCAGAAUCUGUGUGAAAUUAUGGAUUUAUGUGAAGCAAAUGAUGUCAGACCUUUUAUAAAUCAUCUUAGGAACAAAGUGAGUUCGUUUUUCCGUGUUUUAGUUAGAACGAGAGACCUGCAAAGAAGAAACAUUCACAAGAACACAUUCAGGUCAACAACAGAGAGAAUUAUUCUUCUAUUAAAAUUUAAAAAAAAAAAAAUUAAAAAGCUCUAAGGCGUAUGAAGAACUGUAGUUUGAGGACAGUUUGGCGUUAAUCCCAUUUGAAUAGUACCUGAAACUGUUUCUACCAAGGUUAAUGCUCACACGGGGAAUGUUGAAGGUUAACUGCUUCAUACGUUGUAGAUUUUUGUUUUUUUUUUUGGCCACAGCAGCUUUUUGUGACAGUGGAGAGAGAGACAGGAAAUGGGGGAAAGAUACAGGGGAGGACACGCAGGUUGGCGAUGGGCUGGGACUCGAACCCGCGCCGGCCGCACCGCAACGUGUGUAUGUGGUCGCCGGCUUCACCACUAAGCCACCCAGGCUCAUCAGAGCUUUACAGAUCUUAACUGCAAAGAAGUCCAUCCAAGCAUUUUAUUUUGUUAUGAUGAUGAUGGUGAUGUACAUGCAUGUGACUGUGUUCUUAUGGAACAAAAAUGGAAAAUACUAUUGGAGAGAACUAUCCAUUCUUUCUAAUACUACCGUAUUUUCCGGACUAUAGAGCGCACCAUACUAUAAGCCGCACCUACAAAUUUUUUGGAAAAAACUGGAAACGUACAUAUAUAAGCCGCA